CUUACACCACGUGGUCACGCUUCACUGAUUUACAAGAACCUCGGUCCGUACAUCGUGUGUAUGUACUGCACAGAUAAAUGUACAGAGAUAUUUAUAUGAUGUGUUAUUUAGUGAUACCGGAUGAUAUUCACAUGCGCAAUUUUUGUCUAAGGAAUAUAUCCACCAUUUUAAGUUGAGGUAUCGGUGUAUGAUAUUGGAUUAUAUUCAUAUCAAGAAAGAGCGGAACCUUAUACGUCGUUCGACAAGUCUGGGCUGUGUGUUUGGUGAUACAUCUUGUUCGUGUGUAUGUAUUUUAAUAAGGACCGUAACAGCUUGUGUUUGUUUCAGUUAUUGAAUAUGUAAGUACGAUUUCGGAAGAAAGCCUAAUAGUUAUAUACGCGUGUGAACAGUUAUACACGUGUAAAUAGUAUAGUUUUACACGUGUGAACUACCGACAUCAGUUUAUUCUGGCCAGCAUACCAUUCAAAAUGCCGGAAUUCUUAGAUGCCCCACUUCUUAUAAAGGUUGCAGCUGUAUUGGAGGUUAUUGCUUUUGUUAUCAACGUCGUAGCCUUUUCAACACCUUAUUGGCGAGCAGUCCACUUUGAAGAAUUCCGUCUCUCUGACGACGAGGGUACCCGGCUGGAGUCCGCCAUUGCUAUCCAGGGUUUCGACGAGGGUCUAUGGAGACGAUGCAUCAACAGUAUUUGUGCUGAUUUAGACGUGGCAGGACGAGAUUGGCUUCAAGCGGUGCGAGCGUUUGAAAGUAUUGCUCUUCUGACAUCAUGUAUUGCCAUGGCAACCUUACUUUGCUACAUCUUCAAAGCCGACUUCAGGAGGAGAUUCCUUGUUUUCCUAGUUUCUGCCAUUUCUAGCAUUGUUACUGGUGGAUGUAUUUUGCUGUCCGUCCUAAUCUACGGUAUCUGUGUCAAGGUCGCUCUGUCCUGGUCCUUCGCCUUAGCAGCAGCUAGUGGUAUUCUUUAUGGAGUUUCUGGUGCCCUUCUACAGGGUACAUUCAUCAAGGAAGCCAAGGAACCGAUCUAAACGAGGCUACAUCGCUCGAAUAACAGACUUGAGAAAGUGUGUGCAGUAAUAUAGUAAAGUAACAUUAUCUUGGUCACGAUGCAUGAACGUGUUAUGUACUAGACUGGCAAACAGCCCCCAAGUUUUUAUGAAGAAUUAACUGGCUGUAUUUCACUAUCAGAUUAUCUCCACCUAGUUUGAGAACUCUAGAAUCAGUCAUCUAAAUGAACAAAAUUAUGAGAAUUUUCUUUUUUUCUUAAUACUUUAAUAUUCUAGAUACGAGGAGCCAGUCUAGGUAUGUACAUAAGCAUGACAUGAUCCGCACAACGUGCAGAAUUAGAAGUGAUCACAGCCAGAUACCAUUUAUUAUAGCCUGGGAUUAUGGAGCUACAUGUACUACACAAAUUCUGAUUUUUGCCAGUUACAAGCCUUAACAAAUUUUAAGUUAUGCCCAUGUAUGCAGUGGUGACGAUUUAAAAAGCAAUGCGCAUUGCAUUUUGUUUUAUAUCAAAAAUGAAGAAAUAAAAAUAAACUUUAAAAA